UGCACUUUGUCCUGUGUUGACAGGUGAAUCCAGGGAUGUGACCGCUCGCGCCACGCACGCACCGCCGGAGCACCGCCCUCCUGUCCGCGUGUUGCCGGGAGGAGCAGAGGCGCGAGCACACCGGAGAGGAGCACCAGCACUCACAGCACCGUGGGGAUGUGACAGCGAUCUCCACAGUUGCAUAUGCCCGGUGAAAACCUCUAAGUUUGUCUUCUGUGAGGAGGAGACAAAGGAGACAUUUAGACGCGCAUGAGAGAGAGAGAGAGAGAGAGAGAGAGAGAGAGAGAGAGAGAGAGAGAGAGAGAGAGAGAGAGAGAGAGAGAGAGAGAGAGAGAGCGCGGAGGAGCGUCAGCCGCUGCAGAGAUUUCCAGCGGUGCCUUCUCUGUUUGCUCGUGGACUCGCUCGAGAUCGGAGUCCGUGAACCGAGCCAAUCAAACAUUUAUGAGACAAGAGAGAGGAAGAGGGAGGAAAAGAAACACCCACUUCUUCAGACUCCCAAAACAUCUGCAUUUGGAGCCCUGCAGAUGUAGAGCUGUCACACUGCUGUGAGUCUGGACAUAUGAAGCCCAAGUUCCUGCAGAUCUUAUUGGAAUGCAGCCGGAUACAUUAUUAAUGUCAAGCCUUGAAGACUUUUUUCCACUUUGAUGUGUGAGCACACGCUCAAAUAAUGGCCCAUAGGAUGUGCAGUGGAAAUACAGCUGAGGCAGACGUGUUCUUGUACCCCGUUCAGGUCAAGCUGCAGACUUUCAAACACAUCUGACUUCUACAAGAUCCCAGUGAGAGCGUGUUCAUCAUGAGGCUGGUGUGGAAGUCCCUGGACAAGAUGAGGUGUCUGAGGAAACGCUCCACCAUCCCCUUCCUCGGCUUCCUCAUCACCUUCCUCCUCUUCCUCAACCUCUACAUUGAAGAUGGCUACGUGCUGGAAGGAGAUAAGAGGCAGCUCAGGGAAACAUCCGUCCACCCGUCGAGCUCAGAGCGAUACGUGCACACCUUCAGAGACCUGAGUAAUUUCUCUGGAAGCAUUAAUGUCACGUAUCGUUAUCUCGCCGGCACGCCGUUGAACCGCAAGAAGUAUCUCACCAUUGGACUGUCAUCAGUCAAAAGAAAAAGAGGAAACUACCUCCUGGAGACGAUCAAAUCCAUCUUCGAUCAGUCCAGCUACGAGGAGCUGAAAGAGAUUGUGGUGGUGGUCCACCUGGCAGACUUUGACCUGGCCUGGUGUGAGAACCUGGUGCAGGAGAUCACCAGGAAGUUUGCUCACCACAUCAUAGCGGGACGCCUGCUGGUGAUCCAGGCCCCGGAGGAGUACUACCCCUCUCUGGACGGGCUGAAGAGGAACUACAACGACCCGGAGGACCGCGUCCGGUUCCGCUCCAAGCAGAACGUGGACUACGCUUUCCUCCUCAACUUCUGCACCAACCUGUCUCACUUCUACAUGAUGCUGGAGGACGACGUGCGCUGCUCCAGGAACUUCCUGACGGGGCUGAAGAAGGUGAUCACCUCCAGAGAAGGGUCCUACUGGGUGAUGCUGGAGUUCUCCAAGCUGGGCUACAUCGGGAAGCUGUACCACUCCAGAGACCUGCCCCGCCUGGCUCACUUCCUGCUCAUGUUCUACCAGGAGAUGCCCUGCGACUGGCUGCUCAUCCACUUCAGGGGUCUGCUGGCCCAGAAGGACGUGAUCCGCUUCAAGCCCUCGCUGUUCCAGCACAUGGGCUACUACUCCUCCUACAAAGGAGCGGAGAACAAGCUGAAGGACGACGACUUCGAGGAAGACUCCAUAGACAUUCCUGACAACCCUCCUGCCAGCCUUUACACAAACAUCAACGUCUUUGAAAACUACGACGCCACCAAGGCUUACAGCACUGUGGACGAAUACUUCUGGGGGAAGCCACCUUCCACAGGAGACUUCUUUGUCAUAGUCUUUAAUAAAUCUACCAAAAUUAGUAAAAUCAAGAUUGUCACUGGUUCUGAUGACCGUCAAAAUGACAUUCUCCACCACGGAGCGCUGGAGGUAGGAGAGAAACUAGUAGGAACUAAAAAAGGGAAACAGUGUUCCUCUUAUAUCACAUUGGGGGAGUUUAAAAAUGGCAACAUUGAGGUUCAAGACGUAGACCACAAAAUUGCCUUUGACAUUGAGUGUGUUCGUAUUGUGGUGACAGCCAGUCAGAAAGAAUGGCUCAUUAUUAGAAGUAUAAGUUUAUGGACUACACAACCCCCCAGCCAAUAAGGACUGUACACAAAGACUCUUAGUAUCUCAUAGAGGUAAAUGUUUUUGUUAUUAUUAUUUACUAAUUUAUGUAUUUCCAGGUUUAUUUAUUAAUUUUGUACGUAUUUAUUGAUACUAAUUUUGAUUGCAAAUCACUAUAGUUUUUUAUACCUGCAAGUUGUUAUCUUAGUGGAGUAUCUUCCCAGUCAGGACUGUUCAGCUGACCUCAGAGUAUUCAUGAACGUAUGUUUUCUUAAAUGUUUACUUGUUUCGGAUUUUGAUAGCCUUGUUAAACAUAGGGCUGGGCGAUAAUUCAGGGGUGUGUUUGACCAACUUUAAGGGAUAUCAUAUCGAUAAAACGUAACAUUCUUCUGUACAAAUCCAGUGAAAAGACCAAAUCCAACAAUUAGUUCAUCACUCAGAAGUAUCUCCCUAGUCUAAAGUUGGAUAUAUCUUAUUCCUCUGUGGCAUAGAGCUCCUUUGUUUUCGAAAAACUAUUAAAGUCAGUGAGCCAUACUGUUUCAUUGGAUGGCAUGUUACAGUACUUCAUUACAAUAAACUUGGGCACUGUA